CGUGCGCCCCCGCUCACCAGCGGGUUCCACCUCAUCCUCUUGCUCUUCUCUCUUCUCUCUUCUCUCUGUCACACACCUUCACUACUGCUCUCACCCAAAUCCAACCCAAAUUAACAGUAGCCCGCGGCGGCCUGCGCGUGCGCGAUGCCCGCCGCGGCAUUGGCCUCCGCGUUCGCGUCUCCUCCUCCGCCGUGGGCCCCACGACCGCCUCCUCGCCACGCAAGCCUCCGCCUGCCCCCGCCAAGGAGCAGCGACAGCGGCGGCGGAGGAGGGGACAAGCCCACCACCUCGUGGGUCAGCCCCGACUGGCUCACGUCGCUGUCUCGCUCGGUGCUCGGCCGGGGGAACGACGACUCGGGGAUCCCCGUCGCCUCCGCCAAGCUCGACGACGUGCAGGACCUCCUCGGGGGCGCGCUCUUCCUCCCGCUCUUCAAGUGGUUCCGCGAGGAAGGGCCCGUCUACCGCCUCGCCGCGGGGCCGCGCGACUUCGUCAUCGUCAGCGACCCCGCCGUGGCCAAGCACGUCCUCCGCGGGUACGGCACGCGUUACGAGAAGGGGCUCGUCGCCGAGGUCUCCGAGUUCCUCUUUGGCUCUGGGUUCGCCAUCGCCGAGGGAGCGCUCUGGACGGUGAGACGUAGAGCAGUUGUACCAUCUCUACACAAAAGAUUUCUCUCAGUAAUGGUUGAUAAAGUGUUCUGUAAAUGUGCUGAGAGAUUGGUGGAAAAGCUCGAGACUUAUGCUUUGAGCGGUGAACCUGUUAAUAUGGAAGCGAGGUUUUCUCAAAUGACGUUAGAUGUGAUUGGUUUAUCCUUGUUCAACUACAACUUUGAUUCCCUCACAUCAGAUAGUCCUGUUAUUGAUGCUGUUUACACUGCACUCAAAGAAGCAGAGGCUCGUUCUACAGAUCUUUUACCAUACUGGCAGAUCGAUUUGCUGUGCAAGAUUGUUCCUAGACAGAUAAAAGCAGAAAAAGCAGUUAACACAAUAAGGAGUACCGUUGAGGAGCUAAUCAUAAAAUGCAAGGCCAUCGUAGAUGCUGAAAAUGAACAGAUUGAGGGUGAAGAAUAUGUAAAUGAGGCAGAUCCUAGCAUCCUGCGGUUUUUACUUGCUAGCCGUGAAGAGGUCAGCAGUUUGCAGUUACGUGAUGAUCUAUUGUCAAUGUUAGUUGCUGGUCAUGAAACGACAGGCUCUGUACUGACAUGGACUAUUUAUCUUCUCAGUAAGGAUCCAGUAGCACUAAGGAAAGCUCAAGAAGAGGUAGAUCGUGUUCUACAAGGUAGACUCCCCAGAUAUGAAGAUGUAAAAGAGCUGAAGUACUUGAUGCGCUGUAUCAAUGAGUCCAUGCGGCUAUACCCACAUCCUCCUGUGCUGAUACGGCGUGCACUAGUUGAUGAUGUGCUUCCUGGAAACUACAAGGUUAAGACUGGUCAAGAUAUUAUGAUUUCUGUGUACAAUAUACACAGAUCACCCGAGGUAUGGGACAGAGCAGAUGAAUUCAUUCCAGAGAGAUUUGAUUUGGAGGGUCCCAUUCCAAAUGAGUCAAACACCGAUUUCAGGUUUAUCCCUUUCAGUGGAGGCCCUCGAAAAUGUGUUGGAGAUCAGUUUGCUCUUUUAGAAGCAAUUGUGGCACUUGCAAUUGUCAUACAAAAGAUGGACAUUCAGCUUGUGGCAGAUCAAAAAAUCAGCAUGACCACUGGGGCCACUAUCCAUACAACCAAUGGAUUGUAUAUGAAUGUAAGUCUGCGUAAAGUUGAGCAAGAAGCUGACUUAGCACUGAGAUUGCCAAGAAGACCUCUCACUAGUUUUCUUUAGUGCCGUUGACAUUUUGGCAGAAUGAUCCAACAUAUGCAUUCAAUGAUUACUUUUCUUCUCCUGAUUAUCCACUCCUCUCGUGCAGUCCAUCGGGCUAGACAAAAUCAAAGCAAAACAGGGUGAGACUAGCAGUCAUCGGCAACAGAAUUGUCAAUACGUGAGAUGCCUCUGCAAUUAAAUUUGGACAUGUUUGGAACAUUUCCUUGUCCAGAAAUUUUGACCCGACUAAAUGUCCCCUUCUUGUAUCUUUUCAGCAGGUUCCAGCUAUCAUUGGCUAAUAGGUUGCGUAAACUGUAAAGAAAUGAAUCAUCGACUUGCUGAUUUUGACAGUUAAUGUAGUAAAUCGGUAGUACCUUGUCUGUUUGUA